AUGCAAUGCAAAAUGCUAAACCUGAAAAGAAUAAGACUUCUGGAUCCAAACAUUUUCAAUCAUCUCAAUCCUCUUCCGUGGGAUUUCUUCCUCAACAGAAAAAGAUGUCAACUUCAAUGAAGCGUGAAGAUUUUCCUUCUCUUCCUCAUACAUUAAAAACAACAGCUGUUGAAAAAAAGGAAAAUACUACUUCUUUUACUCAAUCAUUUACUACUAUUGUUCAAUCCAAGAAGACAACAUCGUUAACUUCAGGAAAUGUACUUCUGACAGAAUCGAAAACAACAAUACCAUCCUUAUAUAAUAUUCGAGAUCGUCAUAAACAUAAACGAGGAGAACAAAUUUCCCGUAUCAUUCAAAAUUUAAACCGGUACAAUAAAUACAAAGUAUAUGGUUAUUGGGAAUGCAGUGUAUGCGAGGAAAAAAAGGUUAAACAUGAACAAGGAUAUUACGUUCAAGAAUAUCGCA